AUGGGCUUUGCUGAAAGGUGGAUCAGCUGGAUCAAAUUCUGCAUUAGCACUGUAAAAUUCUCCAUUUUAAUUAAUGGUUCACCUGUUGGGUUCUUCUCAUCUCAAAGAGGACUGAGACAUGGGGACCCUAUUUCACCUUUCUUAUUUAUUCUUAUAAUGGAAGGAUUAAACAAUUUCUUUAGAACUGCUAAAGCUAACAACAUGAUCAGGGGUUUCAGGGUGAAUUUUAGGGAAUCAGAUCACCUGGAAAUCACACAUUUGCAAUAUGCAGAUGAUACAUUAGUGUUUUGUGAUGCUAGUAGAGAUCAAAUGCUAUUAUUGAGAGUGGUAUUCAUUCUUUUUGAAGCUAUAUCUGGAUUACACAUUAACUGGAAUAAAAGUUUCAUUUAUCCAGUUAAUGAAGUAAUGGAUAUACAUAGCUUGGUGAGAAUCCUUGGACGUAGAAUAGGAGUCUUGCCCACAGUUUAUCUGGGAAUGCCACUUGGGGCAAAAAGCAAAUCAAAGGGGAUUUGA